CCGACCAACUUCCUGGACCGCGACUCGCUCGGCGCGCUCGCCACGGCGGUCAAGAACUACGCCGGCGGCUGCAUCAUCAUCUCCCACCAGCGCGAGUUCUACUCCGCCCUCUGCCCCGAGGUUUGGUCGGUGGUGGACGGCCGCUGCACCGUCUCGGGCUCCGAGUGGAUGGACGCCGCCGAGAAGGCGCGCAAAAAGGCGGAGAAGGAGGCGGCCAAGAACGCGUCGCUCACAAAGGAGGACAAGUUCGACGCGUUUGGCAACAAGAUCGAGGAGAAGCAGGCGCUCAAGAAGAUCCCCAAGUCGGAGCUCAAGAAGCUCAAGAAGCGCGUGGCCGAGAUGCGCAAGGCGGGCCAGGAGGUGUACACCGACGAGGAGGUCGAGAAGGAGGGCUACGAGCCGAUCGUCUAG